GGAAAGCUCAUUCACGCUUUCUCUGACAGACAGCGUGGAAAGAUGGUGCUCGAUUUGGACCUGUUUCGGACCGACAAGGGUGGCGAUCCCGAGAUCAUCCGUGAAACUCAAAGGAAGAGGUUUAAAGAUGUGACCCUGGUUGAUAAACUGAUCGCUGCAGACACAGAGUGGAGAAAAUGUAAGUGUUCCUUUUGUUUCUUUAGUCACAGCAGCUAACGAUAGCGCGGUGGUUAAUGCUACGUCAGCUCACGCCCAACUCCAUUCAAAUUUUAACACAUUUGCUUUCAGUUUUAAAGUAGAUAUUUUUUAACUACCUUUACGGGAAUAUAGAAAUCCUUGUUGUAUCCUUCUGGUACAGUAUUUCAUUCGGUUACUUAAAAAGCUGGAGAAGUACUCCUAAAUGAAUACCUUAGCGAUGAAUUACAGCUAUCCUCACUGCUCCGCCUGCAAUAGCGUCAACGCACGGUGACUCGCAUUACAGCAGGGGACACUGAAUCAAUUCAGAAAGUUAACGAAUUAUGUGUAUAAUUUUCAUCCUACUCCUCAUAAAGUUAUGCCGUAUCAAAGGAUGGACAUUAUUUAGAUAUAUUCAUGUAGAAUUUUUUUCUACGGGGUGUGACUGUUGGUCCUUGAGCUGCGAAACAAUUUUUAGCCAGACUCUUUAGGGAGUUUGGUCAGAUGGUCUUGUAUAGGAAGAAACCGCACCGCAAUGGGGCUAAUGCUAGCAAACUUAGCAUUAUUCAGAGAGCCGACAUACGCCAUAUGGUUUCCCCUUGGCGGUGAACAGUACUGACUUUUUAUCGUUUUUAUGAAAGAUAGUCGCUAAGCACUAGUUAAUUUCACUUUCUUAUUUAAUUUAUGACAGAUAUUUAAACGUAAUCUUCUCAAAUGCCGGGUUAGCUUAGCGAUGCCGGGUAGUAACGUGCAAUCUGAUGCAAUCCCAGCCAACAACAUGACAAGUCAACCUCACGCUGCACUGCGGCCACUGUUGCUUUUAGAUCCAGACUGAUAAUGAGAAUGAUUUUAUGAUUGCAUUGUCCUCUUUUUUUAACUCAAAGUUUUAAAUGAAUUUGGAUGAGUUUUCUCUGCCUGAAGCCCCUGUCACCAGGGCAGCAGGGAUGCAUCUUCAGCUCAUACACACAAACACACAGUCCCAUGUGUUCACCUACUAACUGUUAUUUAUCCCUUGACAGGCCGCUUUACUGCAGACAACCUCAACAAAGCAAAGAACCUUUGCAGCAAGAGCAUUGGGGAGAAAAUGAAAGUAAGAAAGCAUCUGGACACUAAAUUAAUUAUCUUUCCAAAUGCGAAGUGAAAGUAUGCAUCCACUUGUCACACACAAGAAGCAGGGUGUUGUUUUUAAUGCUUAGUUUAUGCUGCAAAUGCAGAAAAAGGAACCAGUUGGCGAUGAUGACACUGUACCUGAAGAAGCACAGAACCUGGAGUCUCUGACAGCUGAAACACUGUCGGUAAGACUAUCCAUAAAAUCAUAUGUGAGAUGGUAUUUUUCAAGUUAAAGGUUAAAUUCUUUCUCUGUGGCUCCCUACCUGAUGGCAUUUAUCUUUCAGGCCCUUACAGUAACUCAGAUCAAGAAGGUGCGUUUGCUGGUGGAAGAGGCAGCAGAGAAAACUGACAGUGAAAGGAUAAGGCUGGAGGCAGAACGCUUUGAGCAUCUGAGGGAGAUUGGCAACCUUCUGCAUGAAUCUGUGCCCAUCAGCAAUGAUGAGGUAAGUGGUUUGAUACAUACAGGUUCAGGGAAAGAUUUGAUAUGAAUAAGUGUCCACAUCCUCUAAAAAUGAUAAAUUAGAAAGGGUGUAGUACAGAUAUAUGUUCUGUAAAGUAUCAUAACUUUGUAAAGAUGUAAACAAAAACUGAAAGCCAGCUGUUAUUGGCAAACAUUGCAGAUAUUGUCUUUUGAUAUUUUACUUUGUUAAAGUUAGUAUUACUACAUUUUAAAUGUCACUCUUUGCUUUUUCCCAGAGGUUUAGAUGAGCAUAUAAAAGUAACUGGUUCCUUUAAUGUCUUUUUAUGGUCCUUUUAUCACUUUUAUUUAUUUCAUGCUUUUUUGUUUUUCUUUCAUUAAUUUAAUUUCAUUUUAAAUGUUUUUUUUUACCUGUUUUUAGUUAAUUUAUCUUAGUGUUUUCAGCAUUGUCUGUUCUUUUAGUUUUAUUGUGCAGCACUUUGGUAGACUUGAAUGUUUUUUAAAAUGUGCAAUAUGAAUAAAGUGGAUUGGAUUAGUAAUGUUUACUCUCAUUACUAAUAUUUAUAGUUUAUAACAACUAAUGAUUAGUUGUUAACUGAUACAAUUAUUCAUACAUUUCCUGUUGUUUCCUCCUGACAGGAUGCUGACAACAAGGUGGAGCGUACCUGGGGUGACUGCAGCGUCCAGAAGAAGUACUCUCAUGUUGACCUGGUGGUCAUGAUCGAUGGCUUUGAAGGAGAGAGAGGAGCUAUAGUGGCUGGAAGCCGAGGUUACUUUCUGAAGGUUAGUUCAGAUUUAAAAUCAAGCAGGAAAAACACAACCACUCAUCUUUUUGACAUUCUAUUUUUCCUGAUGAGAAAUACUACAACAGAGUUGUAAUGAUUUCUUCUCCUUUGUUGUGUUCAGGGUCCACUGGUUUUUCUGGAGCAGGCUCUGAUCAAUUACGCCUUAAGGAUACUGCACAGCAAGAGUUACACCAUGCUCUACACACCCUUCUUCAUGAGGAAGGAGGUGAUGCAGGAAGUCGCACAGCUCAGCCAGUUUGACGAAGAGCUGUACAAGGUGAGAAACAACGACUGAAUUCUUCGACUUCUUACUUUAACUUACCCUUCACUUAACCAGGUGUUUGUGUGUUUGUGCAUGUCUGGUAAACCUGACUGGUGAGAGGAGGAGGGAUUUUCUGUCCUACAGGGUCCUGCAUGUUACAACAUUAAAUAGAAAAUAAUGAGAUUAAGUUGUGUUAUAAAACUUUAAAAUUAUGCACAAGCCAUUGUUGUUUAGAUUGAUCCAUGUCCAUGUAACCUUGGCCUGGUUGUGUAGUUUAGUAUGUUACUUAGCAGCCUGUUUAAUUUGUUAAGUUUUUAAAAAAAAAAAAAUACUUUUGAGUAGUUGUAUUAAAGAAGAGCAGUGUUAAACAAGUGACUGGAUUUUUAACACAUUUCUGUAUUAUUAUUAAUUAGGGGUUAGGGUUAGGGUCGCCAAAAAAAAUGAGUAUCGGAUCAUAUCGGCCUGCAUCUAAAAUCUCUGAUAUCAACUCUCUGAUAUAAGCAGUCCCUUCCAGAAUACGCUCCGGCACCUCUAUCUAGCAGCUGAUCCAGCAAGCUGAGCCCACAAAAUCUCAACAACAGUGUCUACUAAGGCCCGAACUACACGAAGGCGGAUAUUUAUUUAUGUGGAUAUUUUUGUACUCCCGUCUUAAUAAAUGUACCUGUCCACACGUGUUAGUUCAAAAAAAUAUCUGCGUCCACACGUAGGCUUCAAACUCAAUCCUAUCUGGUGCCGCUUAAAAAAAAUUCAGGAACAAAGCUACCUGAUUGGCCGAUGAAUCGUAACAGCGUCACUUGCAAGGCUGAAAUUAGCCCCAAAAGGGCAAAACAAACGUAAAGAAUACCCUGUAUGUCCGCCAUCGUUGUUGUUGUUUUUGUUUUUAAUGCGCAUGCGCGAGCUGCGGUUUGACGUCAUCGAUCCGUAAAAGUCCGACCACACGAAUCCACUGCGGAUACGGGAUACGGAUAUUUUUUUAUUUCUCCGCUUGUUUUUCCGGAUUCAGAUUUAUCCGGUUUGAGUGCUCCAAACUCCCGGUUUGGUGUGGUAGGGAGGCCUAAUCGGACAUAAAUAUGUGCGGUUUGAAAUAUAUCCGCCUUCGUGUAGUUCGGGCCUAAGUUACUGACAAAGUAGAGUGAUUUUGGCCUUGUGGCAGUAUUUUUUGUUUAAGUCUGAAGAAGACAUUGCAGCUGAGUGUUAAUCUUGUCAUGCACAAUUUUCUGCCAAUAUCAGUAUCGGUCAGUAUUGAAGGCAUAUUGGCAUCGGAAGUCAAAAAGUUGUGUCGGGACACCUCUAGUAUUAAUCACGAGUAUUCCUACUAACACCCACUUAUUCCUACUUCCCACUUACGAUAAUCGUGCAUGUGGCAAAUACUGCCUUAUGUGUUAAUCAAAGUAACCAUGGUCCUAAAUUACUAUAUAUUUGGAGUUAAUUAUUGUUUGCAUUGAAAGGAACCAGAUCAUCUCUAGCUUUACAAGUUUUACAUUAAGCCUUUAACUGGCAUUUACUAUUUGUAUUUUAAACUUUUUACUCUGAUGAAAUAUUAGCAGUUUACCUUUUUUAUCACUUUUAACCAACAUACUAAAGAAUGGCUUAUCCACAGGAGCUCAGCCACUGACACUCAUGACAGUCCAUAUUGUUCAACUCUCUCUGCUGCAGUUCCCUCCAUUACUACCAUGUACUCUCUGUUAUUAGAUCUCUACCUGUUGGUCCUCUAUCUUAAACCGUGUCUGUGUUUACAUCAGGUCAUCGGUAAGAGCAGCGAGAAGUCAGACGAUAACUCAGUCGAUGAGAAGUACCUCAUCGCCACCUCCGAGCAGCCCAUUGCAGCCUUCCUGAGAGACGAAUGGCUCAAACCCGAAGACCUGCCCAUCCGCUAUGCAGGUUUCUCCACCUGCUUCAGACAGGAGGUGGGCUCCCACGGCCGAGACACCCGUGGGAUCUUCAGGGUGCACCAGUUUGAGAAGGUCAGUUGUGGAGAUACUUGGAUCAAUAAUGCAGCGGGGAUCUUCGAGUAUUAGGAACUAAAAUAACUGUUCAGAAAAAGACAUUUGCAUGUUAUUUAAAGAGCCAUAUUGUCUCUUUUUUUUGUCCUUGUAGAUCGAACAGUUUGUGUAUUCCUCCCCACAUGACGGCAAAUCAUGGGAGAUGUUUGAUGAGAUGAUCGGGACAGCAGAGGAGUUUUAUCAGUCACUGGGAAUUCCUUAUCGCAUCGUGAACAUUGUCUCUGGUAAGCGCAGCAUGUAUGUUUGUAGUUUUGUGUAAGGUUGAUGUAGGAAGACUGUCCCAGAGACCAAACUGUAAUUGCUCAAGAGGAUUUCUGCAGUUAAUUGACUGACUUGUAAAGGAUGAGUUGACUUGGCGUACAAAGAGACAAAACACUAGUCUGUUGGUUAUUCAGUUAACUGCUAUGUCUGCCAUGCUGCUGAAGAGCAAACGAACCAAACAGAUUCUUUCAAGGUGUGUCUGUGACUUAAAUUAAUCUUUUUAAUGCUCCUUUUUUGAGGUGAGGAUACUGCCACCACAACACCAAACUUUGACCAAUUUCACAAAAAAAAAGCUUAAAAUGAUCACAGUUUCAGUAUCUUUUGGAAAGCUUAUGGUUUGAGUUCAAACUGAACAUGAAGUUUAGUUUUUGAAUCCAACCUUGAAUGUUUUCUUUAUCAGCUCAAGUUUGACCAAGUUUUCAUGGGAAAGAAGAAGUUCAUCCAUCUUUUCCAGGGUUGGCAGGGAGACUUGAUGAAUUUUAUUUUUGAGUGCUAGAAAAAAAAACUAAUUAUGAAUAUAUAUCUAUGUAGUGAUGUUGGACUUUUCUAAUGAAGAAGAGACUUGGAUGGUGAUGUGAAUUCCAGUGAAGCAGAAGCUGACUGAUUUAGCUCCCAGACAGCUCCUUAAAAAAGAAAAAUGCUGAAUGUUGACUUCACAACAGUUUGCUUUUUUUAUCAGCUAACAUCAUGUAUCAUAUAAGAGCAGUGAGCGGGAGUGAAUUUUUUUAGGUUGUCUGAGGUCAAAUGGUUUGUUUGUUUUUGGAAAUGAACAUAUCAAAAUAUUUAACUGUGUCUGGUCUAAUAAUAGCCUCAUUGUUUUGUUAGAAAGAAAAUAACUGCAAUAACUGUGUGUCACCUAUUCCAGGGUGUGGCAGCAACAGUCAUGCUGGCUGUACGCCCAGCUCUUUCAAAGACUCAAAGACUCGGCCUCCACAACAGUCAUUCAACUUUCUGCACAGUCAUUGGGCUAGGUUAUGUGAUCCGGGGUACUUUUCAGACUUUGGGACUCAAAUUUGAUAGAGAGCCUGAUGUGGUGGGAUGUCAAACCUCUGCAUUUAAAAUCCCAGACACCGAUCCUGUAUCCACGCCCUUCGGCUGCUCUUGAACCAUAACAGAGUCAGCCGCAUACUGUGGAUUGAGGACUGAGAGCUUGUGUAAAGGUCCAGCCUUUCAAGAAGCUGUUUGUCAUUUCAGGCGCCCUAAAUCAUGCAGCCAGUAAGAAGCUGGAUCUUGAGGCCUGGUUCCCUGGUUCUGGUGCUUUCAGAGAGCUGGUCUCCUGCUCAAACUGCACUGACUACCAGGCCAGACGCCUCCGCAUCCGCUACGGACAGACCAAAAAGAUGAUGGACAAGGUGAGUGUUGAUGUUACACUGAUGUGCAUCUCCACAAAGAUAAACAGAGUGUGGAUUUUCUCUCCCUCCCCUCGAUGCUAUUAAUUCCGUCUUGUAGCUGCAUCCUCUAUAAAACUUCUUUUUGUUUUUCAGGCCGAGUUUGUUCACAUGUUGAAUGCAACCAUGUGCGCCACAACACGUGUGAUGUGUGCCAUCUUGGAGAACUACCAAACCGAAGAAGGCAUCAUUGUUCCAGAGGUCCUCAGGGACUUCAUGCCUCCUGGUAAGCUGAGAUGAAGGAUGACACAACGUGUGUCGUACCUCGAGAGAAUAACUACAAGAAGUUCUAGAAAGUUUAAGAGAGAGGGAAUUUAAUCGUAACUAGGAGCAGUGAUGUGGAUUGAAAUCUGGUUCUCUGACAGACCAGGCUCUGCAUUUCUUAUAACCUGAAAGUCAUUUGUCUUUGAGCUGACUGGCUGUUGUUACUUGUCUAUUGAGUCUUGCUGGUCCUAGAAUACUCCCCUGCAUCUUCUGUUUCAGAAUGUUUUAGUUUAGUUAUUGUCUUAUACUUUCUUUAUAUUUCCUUGUUUGAGUCCUGGAGAGUAUUUCUGACCAGCCUUUACUGUCUCUCCUCCAGGUUUGACGGAGAUGAUCAAGUUUGUCAAGCCUGCUCCCAUUGAUCAGGAAGUAGCAAAGAAAGCAAAGAAACAGCAGGAUGGGGGGAAGAAGAAGAAGCAGCAGGGAGGAGGAGGACUGCCCAAUGCCCUGGAGAACAUGUCCGUCAACGACUCAUAGACUUGUCUAACUGCGACGUCACUUCACCAGCUGCACAGAUAGAAACAGACUGAACAGAGCCUCAUGUGUACUGACAGAAUAUCAGACCUGCUGCUUUGUUCGUAAACAGGCGCCUGAUGUCGGGACGCCCGGCUCUGUGCUGUCUGCUUCUAUCUGAGUGGAUGGUCUUCAUCUCAGCUGUUCCACCCUCAUCCACAUAAAGCACACUGAAAAAGGGAAACCUCUGUGCUCUCAAACAUCUACAGUUCACUUCAGAGUCCACCUGUUUAUAAGUCUGUCUGUCCUUUUCACACAGCCUAAAACAAACCGAAACAAGACGGUAAUGCUGUAUAGUUAGACUUUCCAAUGUCCCUGUCAUAGAGGAAGAGGCUGAGGUGUAGUGUUGAUAAAAUCGCAGGUUUAUGUACGGGUGAAGUUUAAGAUUUUGGGGGGUUCAAUUGUAAAUGAAAAGUGUGGUUUAGUGUCACUCUCUUUACUGAGACCAAAACGUCCUCUCUUCUUCAGACAUUGUUGGUUAUAUCCCAUCUCUGGCUUAUCAGAUCAUCUGUGAUACUGUAAUUCUAACAAUCAGGUUUCUGAAUUUCUCUGUCUGUUUUAGGCUUUGCUUCACGUCCUCUCAAACCAUAGUCACCAUCAUCUUCAUCAUCGAUCAUUAUUGCUUGAUGUCAUUGUUGACCAUAACGCUGUCCAUGAGCUUAUGAUUGAGACGUUGACAUUACCUGUAAGCACUUGCUGAUACAAAUAUAUAUAUAUAAAUAUAUAUACAAAUGAUUGAGCGGUGAUAAUGUGGCACUUGGAUUAAAUACAGUUGUUAUGGACCUUUG